AUGGCCAAAUCCGUCAGCCAGAAAAAAACGAAACAAGCCAAGAAGGAGGAGCCUAAGGUUGAGGAGGAGAAGAUUGCGCUAGAAUCUGCUGACUCGCUGAGCGACGAGCAGUUUUCCAGUGACGAUGAGGAAGUUGACAUCGAAGGUCUCGAGACUCAAACUUCUACAGCCAAGACCACGCAGAGCGUCGGCGGUCACACGGUCAACUUUGAAGUUCCAGAAAAGAAGGCUACCCAGGCCGCUCACAAGAAAAGAGGCGUCAUCUACAUCGGCCGUCUCCCACAGCAUUUCCAAGAGAAGGAAGCCAAGAAGUACUUCAGACAGUUUGGCGACAUCACCAGAAUGAGACUUGCCAGAAACAAAACCACCGGCCGCAUGAAGCACUUUGGAUUCAUUGAGUUCAAGGAAGAGGAGGCCGCCAAGGUGGCUGCCGAGACGAUGAACAACUACCUCAUCUUGGGCCACUUGAUGAAGGUGCACGUUAUUGACAACCCCAGAGACGAUCUUUUCCCAGCCAACCUCAAGAGCACAUUCACUGAGUUUGACUGGAGAGCCAGGGAGUACGCUGCUUACCAUGAGAAGAAGCCUUUGGCGGUGUGGGAGGAGAAGCAGGCUGCAUUCGAGGCCCAGAAGAAGGCCAAGUUUGACGAGUUGAAGGAGCUUGGUUUCGACUAUGCUCUUGAGGCUUGA